AUGGAGGCCACUGCUGGACGGCAGGCUAUGGCCCGCAGGACCUUCUUUUGCCACCUCUGCCUGGGCAUGAGCAUUGGAUCCAUGUCGCCAGGGAGGCUGCAGAAGGUGGCAGGUGGCCCUCCCCCAGGCGGCGGUGCCCCUUGGCACCUUCGAGAUGUUCUCAGUGACUCUGUGGAGAGCUCGGAUGAUGAAUUCUUUGAUGCUAGAGAGGACAUGACUGAAGGGAAGAAUGCCAUCCUCAUCGGGAUGAGCCAGUGGAAUUCAAAUGACCUGGUGGAGCAGAUUGAGACCAUGGGGAAACUGGAGGAACAUCAAGGAGAAGGCACAGUGCCCUGCACCUCCAGCAUCCUCCAGGAGAAGCAGCUGUUGGCAGGUGUGGUGUCAGAGCCAGAGUGCGAGCCUGGGGCUGAUGGAGUGGGGAGGGCCUCCCUCCACCACAAUGGGGUGUCCUUUGGGGACAAGCAGAAGAGGGUGGAGAAAGCACCCUUUGUGGAAGCAGCAGCCCCAAACCCACCCACCUGCCUGACCUGGCUGGGCUUACCUGGGGCCCCUGUCUGCAGCCUGAGCCCCUACAGCCACGACGAUGGCAGCCCCAGCAACAGCCAGGACCACGCCCCUCUGGCCGCCCUGCCCCUGCUGGCCAUCUCCUCCCCGCAGUACCAGGAUGCUGUGGCCACGGUCAUCGCGCGAGCCAAUCAGGUCUAUGGAGAAUUCCUCAAGUCCCCUGACGGAAUUGGCUUCAGCGGGCAGGUGUGUCUCAUCGGGGACUGUGUGGGUGGCCUCCUGGCCUUCGAUGCCAUCUACUACAGUGCGGGGCCCUCAGGUGACAGCCCUGGAAGCAGCAGCCGGAAGGGGAGCAUCAGCAGCACGCAGGACACCCCCAUCGUGGUGGAGGAGGACUGUGGGCUGGCCGGCAGCAAGCGGCUCAGCAAAAGCAACAUUGACAUUUCCAGCGGCUUGGAGGAUGAGGAGCCCAAGAGGCCAUUGCCACGGAAACAGAGUGAUUCCUCCACCUACGACUGUGAGGCCAUCACCCAGCAUCAUGCCUUCCUGUCAAGCAUCCAUUCGAGCGUGCUGAAGGAUGAGGCUGAGCUCCCUGCGUCUGGGGCCCCGCUCCCUGAGGUCAGCCUGGGCCGCUUCGACUUCGACGUGUCUGACUUCUUCCUCUUCGGCUCACCCCUGGGCCUGGUCCUGGCCAUGCGGAGGACAGUGCUGCCUGGGCUGGACGGUUUCCAGGUCCGUCCUGCCUGCAGCCAGGUCUAUAGCUUCUUCCACUGUGCAGACCCCUCCGCCUCACGGCUCGAGCCGCUACUGGAGCCCAAGUUCCACCUGGUGCCCCCUGUCAGUGUGCCCCGCUACCAGAGGUUCCCACUGGGUGACGGACAGACCCUCCUCCUCGCUGACACCCUGCACACCCACAGCUCCCUCUUCCUAGAGGGCAGCUCUCAGGGCAGCCCACCCCUUCCGGACGCCCCUGCCUCGUCCCCGCAGGCCCUGAGGUCCCAGCGCCCAGGGCGAAGGAUGAGUGAGGGCAGCUCCCACAGUGAGAGCUCGGGGUCUUCGGACAGCCUGGCACCCGUGGGUGUCUCCCGCAUCACGGCCAAGUGGUGGGGCACCAAGAGGAUCGACUACGCCCUGUACUGCCCUGAUGUCCUCACUGCCUUCCCCACUGUGGCCCUGCCCCACCUCUUCCAUGCCAGCUAUUGGGAGUCCACGGAUGUGGUCGCCUUCAUUUUGAGACAGGUGAUGCGCUAUGAGAGUGUGAGUGUCAAGGAGAGCACUGGCCUCGACCCUGCAGCUCUGAGCCCGACCAACCCCCGUGAGAAGUGGCUUCGAAAGAGAACCCAGGUCAAGCUGCGGAAUGUCACUGCUAACCACCGAGCCAAUGACGUGAUUGCUGCUGAAGACGGCCCCCAGGUUCUGGUGGGGCGGUUCAUGUACGGGCCCCUGGACAUGGUUGCUCUGACUGGAGAGAAGGUGGAUAUCCUGGUGAUGGCAGAGCCAUCCUCAGGCCGCUGGGUGCACCUGGACACAGAGAUCACCAACAGCAGUGGUCGAAUCAUGUACAGCGUGCCGCGGCCCCGGCGCCUAGGGGUUGGAGUCUACCCAGUGAAGAUGGUCGUCAGAGGUGACCAGACCUAUGCGAUGAGCUACCUCACGGUGCUGCCCCGUGGCAUGGAGUGUGUUGUAUUCAGCAUUGAUGGGUCCUUCGCGGCCAGUGUGUCGAUCAUGGGAAGUGAUCCCAAGGUUCGGCCAGGUGCAGUGGAUGUUGUCCGGCACUGGCAGGACCUGGGCUACAUGAUCCUCUACAUCACUGGGCGCCCGGACAUGCAGAAGCAGCGGGUGGUAUCGUGGCUGUCCCAGCACAACUUCCCCCAGGGCAUGAUCUUCUUCUCUGAUGGGCUGGUGCACGAUCCACUGCGGCAGAAGGCCAUCUUCCUCCGCAACCUCGUGCGGGAGUGUUUCAUCAAGAUCAGUGCGGCCUAUGGCUCUACGAAGGACAUCUCCGUCUACAGCGUGCUGGGCCUGCCACCCUCCCAGAUCUUCAUUGUGGGCCGGGCCACCAAGAAGUACCAAAACCAGUGCCAGUUCCUGAGCGAGGGCUACGCUGCACACCUGGCCGCGCUGGAGACCAGCCACCGCUCGCGCCCCAAGAAGAACAACUCGCGCAUGAUCCUGCGCAAGGGCAGCUUCGGGCUCCACGCGCAGCCCGAGUUCCUGCGGAAGCGCAACCACCUGCGCAGGACCAUGUCGGUGCAGCAGCCGGACCCGCCCAUCACCAACCCCAAGCCCGAGCGGGCGCAGAGCCAGCCCGAGUCUGACAAGGACCACGAGCGGCCCCUGCCGGCGCUCAGUUGGGCGCGUGGGCCCCCCAAGUUCGAGUCGGUGCCCUGA